AUGGGGAACGUCAUGAGUAUGGGCGAGGGGGCGUCCGCGUCCGCGUCCGCGGGCGACGCGCGCCUCAUGGACGCGUACGUGGCGCGGCUGUCGGACGCCGAGGUCAAGCGCUUCACGGACGGCUACCGGCGCAUCUGCCGCGUGGAGGGCUCAGCGUCCUCCUCCUCUGCAGCGACCAACACUCCUGCGCCGGCCUUCCUGCCGCGGCGCGCGAGCUCGUCCGCGUCCAACGGCAGUAGCAGCAACUUAAGCGGAGCCUCCGCCGCCGCUGCAGCAACGGAAGCGGCCGCCAACGGCCCGCUGCUCACCAAGAAGCUCUUCCGCAACAAGGUGCUGGGCGCCUUCACCAUGAUCCCGCACUCGCUGUCCGACCGGCUGUUCGAGGUGCUGGACACGGAGCACUCGGGCGAGCUGAGCCUGGCCAACGUGCUGAGCGGCCUGGCCUGGCUCAAGCACGGCUCGUACGAGGAGCAGGUGCAGCUGCUCUUCAUCAUCUACGACCUGGACGCGGCCGGCGAGGUCUCGCGCGAGGUGCUGGACCGCUUCAUGGACGUCAUCUACGGCCGCACGCGGGCCAGGCACGCCUCCACCGUGCGCUUCCUGGACAGGCUCUUCGACGGCCGGGCCGUGCUGGACCUGCACGAGUUCCGCCGCGUCGUGCAGGAGAAGGACGAGCGCGGCGACGCGCUGCUCGUCAAGUGGCUGGCCGUGCUGGCCGCCAAGAUCGGCAUCGAGGACGACCCGCAGAUCCUGGCGCUCGAGAAGACGUACAACCCCGUGGCUAUUAGACGCAGGAUCGCGCAGGCCACGAGGUUCUCGCUGACGGAGGUGACGGCGCUCGAGAGGCAGUUCCAGAAGAUGUUCGACCCGAAGGGAGGCGCCAGCACCAGGAUACCCAGCAGCCAGUUCGUGGAGGUGCUGAGCGCGAGAGGACUGUUCCCCGAGGAGCUGCUACAAAGGUUCUGCGCGUGCACGGCCAUGCCGGAGCUCGUGCUGUUCGAGGAGUUUUGCCAGUUCUUGUCCGACUUCUGCCGCGGGGGAUCGAGGGACAGCAAAGUGCACCACCUCUUUCAGAUUUACAGUGACCGAAGCACGACCGUGAGGGUGGAUUUUGGCGCAAUGCAGGAGCUGAUUCAUGUUGGAGUGCAUUGCGACGCGAAUGAGGCCAAGGUUGAUGCAGAACAAGAGGAAGAACGACUCGUCGAAGAGAUCUCGGCGACGCAGACUGCAGAGGCAGGGUGGGACGAAGAAGCGUUUGCUCGGUGGGCGGCGGAAGCAGUUGCAGUACAGCGCUUGCUUGACCAGUUGGCCUUCGCAGCGUGCAUCGUGUUCGGCCUGAAGCCAGAGUCAGCUUAUCUGGAGAAGCGGAUAGUGGAGUGGCACUGGCGAGAUGCAACUCGUGUGUUUGGCAUCGGACAAACUUGGAAUUUGGUUGGUGCGGAGUGGUGGCGAAAAUGGUGUGACUACGUGAACAUGGAUCCGAGGAAUGGGAGCCCGUAUGGAUCGCUGCCUGUACCGCGAAUUCCCCCGAAUACUGCCGUCGAGAUGGCCCAAAACAUCCGUGGCAACAUUGCAUUACGCGCCGCUAGGUUUAGCGGUGAUAGCGGUGCAAGUCGACCGCCCAGACCCGGGCCGAUUGCCAAUUGGGGUCUUCUCAUGCAGAGCGGAUCCCGACGGCUAAAACAAAAGCUUGUUCUGGCCCACGAUUAUUAUAUGAUUCCAUCGCCGGUCUACGCAGUUUUAUUCUCGUGGUAUAAUGGAGGACCUGACUUGGUGCGUUCAAUCGUCGAAGUUCCUACGAAGUCGGAGCCAGAACUUCAACUCGAAUUGUUCCCGUUGGUACUGCGCGUCGCACGAGUUGAUCCCGCAAACGGUAGUGUGAUGCGAUCCGGCGAAGAGAUUCUGCUCAGUGAAUUGAGUACACCCGCUAGUCUUCUUGAGGCUACUUGCCGCGCGCUGCUGUUGCAGAAGUUAAUUGACAAGGCGCGAUUGUGGUAUUUCAACGAGAAGACACCAGAGCACAAGAUACGACUACGUGACGAGUACCCUCUUGAACUGAGAAAGUUGACUCAAGACAGUGUCUUUCUGCUUGAAGUGCAAGACGAUGACGGGUCAUGGCCCCUCUCCCAAACCAGUGACACAAUUACUUCUUCGCCAUCGAGUAACGGUGUUCGACAGCCAACACAGGGCAAUGGCAAUGUUAAUGAAAGUGACGCAGCUGGUGCUUCCUCACGGAAACGACAGCUCCAACACCGUCCUUCAUUACGAACUUCUGACAUUUGUUCCCGAGGCAACCUCGGCGAGACUUUGGCGCAUCGAGACCCUGGAAGCGAUGCUGGCUCUCCAACAAUUGAAGUGGACCCAGUGCUUGCAUCACCUGUUGUGCGAAAACGUUUUUCUAAAGAUGCAUUCACAGGCCCAGGCUUGGUGGGGCUGGACAAUCUUGGCAACACGUGCUACAUGAGUAGUGCGCUUCAAUGUCUGAGCCACACGCGACUGCUGGUUGAAUAUUUCAAGAACGAAGCAUAUCUGAAGGACAUUAAUCUGCGUAAUCGUGACGGCACCAACGGAAAGCUGACUGCAGCGUUCGGCGAGUUGCUUCGAGUUCUCUGGACUUCUGACCGCAAACGCUUCGCACCGAACGAGUUUAAGAAGGUACUUGCAAAAUGCAACCCGCAGUUUGCCGGAUCGGACCAGCACGAUGCGCAGGAGUUGCUGGCAUGUUUGCUGAGCAGUCUCAGUGAAGAUCUUAAUCGAGUUGUGAAGAAACCCUACACCGAGCAACCCGAUAGCGAUGGUCGACCGGACGCUUUGGUAGCAGAAGAGUGGUGGCAGAACCACCAAAAACGGGAAUUCUCGGUGAUUGUUGCGCUGUUUACUGGUCAGUACAAGAGCUUGUUGGAGUGCUCAAUAUGUCGGUACGAGUCGGCACGCUUCGAGCCUUUUACCUUUCUUCAGCUAUCGUUGCCUGAGAGCAGUUCGCGAUCUAUUGUGCUGACGAUAAUCUUCCGCACCGACCGCGUACCCCUGCGUUUUUCGGUGCGAGUACAGAAUGGUGAUACAGUCCAGCAAAUGAAGGAACAGGUCGCAGCAUUUUUGAAGAAAACCGAGAAGGAGAACACGGAUCCAACUCCACCAGAUGAGGAAGCUAGCAGCGCUGAUGGAUCCACCAGUGAAGGGGACUGGAUGGGAGUUGUGAUCGCGCGGACCUCAAAUGCGCACACAGUGGAACUGCUUCUGGAUGACAAACUUCCGCUAACGCAGAUUCACGAGAAAGAUCAGCUGACUGCAUUCGAACUUGAUCGUGACGAGGACUUACUUCCACCGCGGCUGGUUUCUCCUGGGGCAACGAACAGGGCGGAAGCGCUUACUGAGCAAACACCCGAUGACGUUGACAAAACGAAUGAGUCAGACUCGAUGGUAAAGGAUCUACCUUUAAAAGCCAUAAGCGACGGCGAUGCUGAACAUGAACCGCAAAAUGGAGUGAACGGAGUAUCUUCGUCAAUGGUGGAUCGAAGAGCUAGCGAUCAAAGCACAACUGAAGAAGAACUGCAAGGUGAGAGUGAAGAAGAAGACGAAGAUGAACUAUUGCCGCUGGGGGCGCCGGUCUACGUCCGCGUUGACAAAACCAAAGAUUUGGUGCCUGCUCGUGUCAUCGGGAGCAGUACCAACUCCGGCACGAUUAAUGUGGCAUAUCCCUCGGGCGUUCGACGGUAUCAUAUCCCGCUAUCGAAAGUGAUCGAGCGUCGUCAAAGCGAUGCGUUCGUAUUCCUUGUACAUCGCCGGGUGGAGCGUUCGACAGACAGUUUUACGAACGCGCAUAUCACCCGGCUAUUUGGUGCUCCGUUGGUUAUUCGCGUAUCCCUGCGCGUUACAACGGCCUACAACCUAUACGUGCUCGUAUGGAAACGACUUCGCCGCAUUUUCAACUGGCAACAGCCUCCGCCACCGUCAUAUUUUGAUACGAAGACCCAGAAUCACAAGCGAGUCCGGACGGAUGCAUCGUCAUUGGCGCUUGGAGAACACCUCGCGUUGACAAAGUUUGGAUUCUGUUUGCGACUUGUGACGUCUCAUGGAAUUGGAUGUUCUCGCUGUGAGUGGCUCGAUGGGUGUUUGGGCUGCGUGCUUAUACCAUCCGCACAGACUGUCAUCCCAUUAGCGGCGGAGGAAACCGUGGCAAUUGAUUGGGAUAUCCGGACACUUAAGGAAGAGUACGACCCGAUUCAAGCUAGUAAAAUGGAUUUUGACGCGUCUGUGCAGCAACACCAGCGACAAGACAACCAGCCUCUCAACCUGGCGCAUUGUAUGGAGAUGUUCACGGCCAAGGAGACAAUCCCGGAAGCUUACUGUGGACACUGCAAAACAUUGCGUCCCGCUACCAAGAAGAUGGAUCUGUGGCGCCUGCCUCCGCUGUUGGUGAUCCAUCUGAAGCGGUUCUGCUUCACUCAAGUGUCGCGACGCAAGUUGCACCAUCUUGUGGACUUCCCGCUGAAAGGGCUACAGUUUGAUGACUUUGUUGCUCGGAAGCGUGAAGCGCGCGGUCGCUUAUCUGGCCUGGAGUAUUGGCUGUUCUUAGGUGGCAAACUAAAGGCGAAGCCAAGCGAAAGCAAGUCUGAUUCUCCAUCGGCUAGUGGGAACUCAAAGCAAACAAGACCUGGUAGCCCGCGCCGAGUGUCGUCGUCAGUGCUGGAUGCACCAGCUUCGGCUACAGCUGCAGUUCGUGGUGAUGACGGAUUCCUGUACGAUUUGUAUGCCGUUGUGAACCACGUUGGUGCUUUGGGGGGAGGACACUACUUCGCAUACAUAUUGAGCGAUCAUGAUGGCAAGUGGAAGUGCUUCAAUGACCAUCAGUGCAAGGACAUCGACGAGAAAGAGGUUGUGUCCUCGAUGGCGUACAUACUAUUUUAUCGCAGACGUGACACCGCUAAAGUAUCGAUUGAGCAGCUUUUCCCACCGCAGCCGUCGGAUGCAACCGGCAACGGAGCUAGCACGGAGGAGGAAGCUGCCAGUGACAAGGCGCAGGUAGAGGAGCUGCUACAGCAGUCCAAGCUGUCUGCCUCAGGCAGCGCAAGUAGCUGCAUCAUUAGUUGA